AUGACCAACCGGGGAAAUCGCAGUCAACGCAAACGUAAAUCCACUCCUCCAUACAACUCCGUAAAGAAAGGACGCAAUCAAGCAUUCUCACCACCAUCCAUAUCUCAAACUAACCAGGUCACCGCACCAACGAGCCAACGUGAUUCUCCACCUUCGCCUUCUGUUGCCGAAGAAACCUUAUCAGAAGAUUCAUUCUUUUUAUCAACCACAGAAGACGACAAAAGCAGUCACCAGUCCUCUACAAACGACCAUCAGCCCAUACCAAAAAGAAUCCCGCCAAUAUUCUUACGAAAAAACCUGAGUACUCAUGGCGCACCAUAG